GCUCGAUGGCCGUGAUGGAAGCAACAUCUUCAGUUCACACCCAAAUUUCAUAUUUAAAUUUUAUUCAGAAAUAUCAGGUUUAAUCGGAAACCAAUCAAAACAAAAAGCUUUCUCCUUAAAAAAAAGUUGCAGACCCCGUUUUUUGGAUUAUUUUGGUUAUUUUGGCCGGCAGCUCUCUCCCUUAUUCAACCGAAAGAUCAAAGGAGGUGAUGCAAUUCAUCCGCUGGCUGGCCAGAAUUGCGACUUCAUUAGCGACGAUGAAAACGACGCUAGUGAUCACCAUGAGUGCCAUCUCGACCAUCGGAAUAGUGACGAUCCUUUCCCUGGGCUUCCCGACGGCCAUUCCAGUCUACCAGUGUCUGCAGACGACAUCUUAUUUCCCGUCGUCCAGUCCGUUGCUGGUCGACUGGAGUCUGGUGGACGUCAACGCGAUGGACAGCAAGCAGAUCAUGGAUUACUUCCAGUGGAGCAACGCUUCAUCGUGUCGGCUGGCCCAGUACUUUGGCGGCGUGACGUUUCUCUUCGGCAUCGACGGCCAGAAGGCCGUCUGCAUGGACCCGGAAAUCAUGCCGCUGGCCGGCAAGUGUCUCGUCUACUCGUUCGGCAUCAACAACGAUUGGUCGUUCGAGGAAAUGAUCGGCAGCUACGGCUGCCAGGUCUACGCUUUCGACCCGUCGCUCAAUCUGACCGAUCACGAUCGCAACGGCACCAACAUCCACUACUUCAAACUGGGAUUGAGCUACCGCCAGGAGCAUUUCCAGGACGGCUGGCGAGUCCAAACGCUGUCGUCCAUCUACGACAAACUGCGGUCGGAGAAGCGACACACUUCCGACCGGAUCAUCGACUACCUGAAGAUCGACAUCGAGGAGGACGAGUGGACGGCCCUGGUCGACAUCCUGGACUCGGGCAUGCUGGGCAAAGUCAGACAGCUGGCCAUCGAGAUCCAUCUGCCGUUGGAGGGCAACAUUAGCAGCUACCGGCGACUGGUGAAUUUACUCCGCUCGAUGGAGGAGCAGCACGGAAUGGUCCGCUUCGACUCGAAAAUCAACGCCUACUCGGAAGGCCGUCUCAAGCCUCUGCUGGGCAUAAUGGGCUACGCCUGUCACGAAAUCGCCUGGUACAACCGCAAGCUCAGACGGAAGCAACGCUACUACAACGAGUGAAUUUGUUUCUCCCCAAUUUUUACGCGUGUGUAUAAAUAUCAAACGUUUCACGAAACUUUAAUAAAUUAUUAUAU